AGGAGCCGGCGUCCCCGGCUACGAGCGUCUGAGGCGCGGUUGGGCAAGCAACAGGUGGCGGCGGCCGCGCGAUCUCCGUACUAUACACCGCUCAUCUCGGGACGCAGACUCGGACAGCGGGGCUUCCAGGCCUUGGCCGCACUGGGUCCGUGAUGGCAGAUCGGCUGCCGCCGGGGCCCCCGGUGAUUUUUUGCCAGGACUCCCCGAAGCGUGUUCUGGUUUCCGUCAUCAAAACUACCCCUAUCAAGCCCUCCUCGCGCGGGGUAGGCGAGGAGCCGCCGUCCGCCCCGCCCGUCCCCACCAGCCCCGGCUUCAGCGACUUCAUGGUGUACCCUUGGCGUUGGGGCGAGAACGCCCAUAAUGUGACCCUUAGCCCCGGCGGCACCGCCGCUCCCUCGGCCCUCCCGCCGCCUCGCGGGGGAGCGGGUAGAGCCCCCGCCGGCAACGAGGAGAAGGCAGGAAGCCCGAGCGGCGGCAGCGGCAACAGCAGACACCGACACCUGACGGAUGGGAUAAGGCGUGGCCGGCCGAGAGCAGACACCGUCCGUGACCUAAUCAGCGAAGGAGAGCACUCUUCCAGCAGAAUACGUUGCAACAUCUGCAACAGGGUCUUCCCACGAGAGAAAUCGCUGCAGGCCCAUAAGCGAACUCAUACUGGUGAAAGGCCUUAUUUGUGUGACUACCCAGACUGUGGAAAAGCCUUCGUUCAAAGUGGGCAGCUCAAAACUCACCAGCGUCUCCACACAGGGGAGAAACCUUUUGUCUGCUCAGAGAAUGGCUGUUUGAGCAGAUUCACACAUGCAAACCGUCAUUGCCCCAAACAUCCCUAUGCCCGACUCCGGAGGGAAGAGCUCACGGACUGGCUGAGUAGGAAGCAGACAGCUGACAAUAAAGCUGUGGCUGAGUGGCUAGCAAAAUACUGGGAGACUAGGGAACAGCGUGCUCCUGCUUUGAAAACUAAAACCAUCCAGAAAACGGAUCAGGAACAGCAGGACCCAAUGGAAUACCUUCAGUCUGAUGAAGAGGAUGAUGAAGAGAAAAACAGCGCUCAUUCUGCUGCACGCCGCCUCCUCCAGGAGCAGCGGGAGCGCAUGCAUGGUGCGCUGGCUCUCAUCGAGCUUGCAAACCUCACUGUGGCACCCCUGCGACAGUAGAUCAGAACCGAGCCUGCCUAUACACAAUGUACUUGCUGGUGGUACUUAACCAGUUAGAUCCUGAGCAUAAGCUAAGCACCUUAUUUGCUUAUCAUAGGCUGCUAUUCUGUAGAAUUUAUGAAGAAUGUUGUUGCCCCAUGACAUGGGGUGAGAGAAUUGCACUUUUUGUAAGGUAAAAGACAGAUGUAAAGUUUCUAAGUAUUUUGUAAAUAUAAGACUGCGUAAUGCAGGGUUGACAAAUUUUUGUGUUGUGGGAAGCUAGAUUUUGCAAGGUUAACUCAUUUAUUUGAAGCAGUUUUCAUGGGAAGCACUUUCUGAACAAAGUGUUUGCGAUCAGCAGAAUGGUACACACAGACGAAGGCUGGCAAAUAAAGAAUUUAUCUGAGUAUUUAAGCAAAUUUAUAGUAAGUGGUAGGUCUGAAGAUAUUGUUGAUCUGCAAUGAAACCGCAGUUUUCUAGGUUCAGUUUAUCUUUACUGAGUAUCACUGAGGCAGAAGGCAAAGCUUAGUUAUCUCAGCUUCUAGAGGGGAAGAAACUGCUUCAUGUAGGAUGCAGGAAGCAGGAUGUAGGAUCGUUCAGGAUCUUCACUGUGACUGCUCAAGGUAUGAGGCUUGACUUUGCUGUUUUACGUUUUCUGAUUUGAUUUCAGCGGAAUCUCUUGGUAGCACUUGUUGUUCUUAACAUGUGAUGUUAGGAACUUUUGCACAUUGUUGGGUUUAUCUGAAAAUGAUUAGUCUUGCAAAGUCUAGGUAAAGGUAAACAAUUCAUGAUGGUUUUUUUUCCUAGAGAUUUUUUUUGGACCCUGUAGUGAUUUGGCACUUGAUUUUUGUUAAUUAAUAGGGGUAUUUACAGGGUGGUAUGGAUUUGUAGUAAACUAUUCUAGAUUUCCUAUUAGCAAACACUAAGUUUUAAAAUACUGCUUUUAUAUGAUUAUUAGCAAACAGAAGUCUCCAUACUUUCUGUGCAUAAAGCCACCUUAUUGCUUUACUUCAGGAUAACAUGCCGAUUUUUGUGUUCACUAACUAGCACAGCUAUCAAUUAAACACUGCAUAAAAGUAUUCAAUGUACAACUAGGAAAUAGGCUUCCAAAGGUAGUUACAAGUGUGUUAACAGUGUGAUUUCAUGUAUUUCCCAAAUAAUUGAAGUUACAGAAUGCUGCCUAGUACUCAGAUGCUGAUAAAAGUCUAGCGAGAUAUCUUGUCACUUCGUGAAUGUUAUACACUUUCAAAUAGCAUUGUUUCAUGGGGAUCUUUUUCUGUAUUUUGCUUUGAAGGCAACCAGAUAUUCCUAAUAUGCUAACAAAACUUUGUCUUCGGAUAAGACUUUGUGUGUGUUUUGUGGGUUUUUUAUUCUUGUUAAGCUACUGCUUUAGGGGAUAUUAUUAAUUUGUAUUUACUGACCUGCUUGCUUUAACUCCUUCCUCUUGUGGAAGGUCAGGACAGUGGGAAGAGAAGCCAUUUUCCCACUUUUUUAAACAAGAGGAAGAAAUAAUUUUAUCAAUCAGAUGCAAACAGCUGUGCCAGAAAAGUAGUGCGAUUUCUACACCUGAAACUACAAAUGCUAUGUUAUCUGAUAAUUGAUAACCUUAUUGUAGUUAAAAAUCUCAUUCACCCUGUUUAAAUAAUGUAUUGAUGCACUUAACUGAAGAGUAAUCGAAAAAUUAAAGAAAAAAUGACUUUAAUUGAAUGUAAAAAAUUUUGCACCAGUGAUACGGUUUCACUUUUGUUUCCAAUUCCUAAACUUAGCUGACAUCAGGCUCAUUGGCUUCUGUUUUAAGUCUUUCAGGCUUAAAAGUAAGAAACAGUGUAGUCAUUCUCUGCUUCUUAGUGUAUGUAAAGUUGGUAAUUCGCAAGUGUAGGUUUGGAGUAUCUCAAAUAAGUUACAUGCUUCUGACUGUUCAGUUGGCUGCACACAGAGUCUGAUCCCAAAAUAGGCCCUGAGUUAAGUCUGCUGUAUUUCUGAGUCAUAACUCAGAAUUGUUCCUGAGUAGUGUUUCACAGGGCACAAGACUGUAAUUAGCCAGUUGCAGACUGGAGUCAUAUCUUACUUCAUUAAGACUGAUUGUUUUAAUUAUUCUUUUUUUCCAGUCAGCUGUAAUGCUUCAGGCAACUUGCAGAAUACUUCUUCAUGUAUGACAAGUAAAUUCUACUUGGCUGUAGAUAAAAUUCAGACAGCUGAAGCAGUUUUGUCAUGACAAGUUUUGGUUAAAAUACCAAGUUUUGUUGGUUUUUUCCUUUUUUUUUUUUUAAAGAUGUGGAAGACUGCUUUGUUUUAUUAAGAGGUUAUUAUAUAUGUAAGAAAUCUUGAAGUGCUUUGAAAGAUUAAGUUGUAGUUUGGCAUGACUUAACAACAGAAGAGUGGAUGUGCUGUCAUUGCAAUAGAUGCUUUGAAUAAAAAAUUGGUUAAAUUUUCAA